GUUACUUUCGGAAUCAAAGUGUUGACGAUAAGACGCAAUGGCUCUUCAGGAUAUUCAAAACAAAACGGUUUUAGUGACGGGAGGCGCCACUGGCUUAGGUGCGAAAUAUGCUGAGAGUUUUCUGAAACAUGGAGCUAAGAGUGUAGCUAUCCUGGACAUCGCUGAGGAUGUGGGCAAAGCGACAACUGAGCGUUUGAACAAGACCUAUGGCAGUAAGGUGGUGUUCAUCAAAUGUGAUGUCAGCAAAGAGGAUGAUAUUACAAAGGCCUUCGACGCUGUGGUUGCUCAGUUCAAGCAAGUCGAUGUUCUCAUAAACAAUGCUGGAGUCAUGAUUGAUGCACAGGCUUGGAGGCUCGCCUCUGAUGUCAACUGGCAAGGAUUAGUUUCGUUUACCCUAAAAACUGUCAAACACAUGAGGAAAGAUGAAGGCGGAGCUGGUGGUACUAUCGUUAACAUUGCUUCUACAGCUGCAUUAUCUAGGGUUAAUGCUCUCCCGAUUUACUGUGGAUCUAAAUCUGCUGUGUUGCAUUUCAGUCAAUGCUUAGCGCUGCCUCCUUUCUUCGAGACCACUGGCAUACGAGUGAUGGUAUUCUGUCCGAACGCUACAGAUACAGCCUUGCUUCAUAAUAUAGAACUGAGAAGCUACGAUCCUAAGCUUGGUGCAGCUUUAGCAGCUGAUUUGGUAGAUGCCGUAUUCCAGACGUCUGAUUCAGCAGCGAAGGCUUUUAUUGAAAUGUUCCAAACUGGCGCUCCGGGAUCUAUUUGGUUGAGCCAAGACAACAGACCAGCGCAGAAUAUAACUGCGACCGUUGAUAGUGCGUUCCAGAAAUUGGAAGCACUUAGCUGUUACUUUCGAAAACAACGUGUUAAAGUUACGAUGGCCCUGCAGGACAUUCAAAACAAAACGGUUUUAGUGACCGGAGGCGCCACUGGCUUGGGUGCGAAAUAUGCUGAGAGUUUUGUUAAACAUGGAGCUAAGAGUGUAGCUAUCCUGGACAUCGCUGAAGAUGUGGGUAAAGCGACAACUGAGCGUCUGAACAAGACCUAUGGCAAUAAGGUGGUGUUCAUCAAAUGUGAUGCGAGCAAAGAGGAUAAUAUUACUAAAGCAUUCGACGCUGUGGUUGCUCAGUUCAAGCAUGUAGAUGUCGUUAUAAACAAUGCUGGAGUCAUGACUGAUGCGCAGGCCUGGAGACUCGCCUCUGAUGUCAACUGGCAAGGUUUGGUAUCGUUUACCUUGAAAGCCGUGAAACACAUGAGGAAAGAUGAGGGUGGAGCUGGUGGCACUAUCAUUAACAUUGCUUCUACAGCAGCAUUAACUAGAAGUAAUGCUCUCCCGAUUUACUGUGGAUCCAAAUCUGCUGUGAUGCAUUUCAGUCAAUGCUUAGCGCUGCCUCCUUUCUUCGAGACCACUGGCAUACGAGUGAUGGUCUUUUGUCCGGGCCCAACAGAUACAGCUUUGCUUCAAAACUUAGGACCUAGGAGCUAUGAUCCUAAACUGGGUGCUGCUUUAGAAGCUGAUUUUAAAGAUGUCGUAUACCAAACAUCGGAUUCAGCAGCGAAGGCUUUCAUUGAAAUGUUCCAAACUGGCGCUCCGGGAUCCAUUUGGUUGAGCCAAGACAACAGACCAGCGCAGGAUAUAACUGCGACCGUUGAUAGUGCUUUCCAGACAUUGGAAGCACUGGUGCAAUGAAAAUAGUUCACUGUUAUAUUAGGUUAAAUGCGUAUUUAUAAAGGGCUUCUCGAUAACGUGAAAUAAACUGUUCAGUGUGAA